AUGCUCGAUCCUCUAGUGAAUGCCUUCGCUCACCUUGUAGGAAACUACAAAUUCCAAACAGCAAGUUAUGUCCUCUACAUCUAUGACCAUCUUUUGACGUUCUCUGAUGAGGUCGACAAAAUUUGGCACCAACCUUUCACCUUCGCUUCCCUCUUAUUCUACAUAAACCGCUACAUCACUCAUUGUCAAUUCAUCAUCAUACAAGUUGAGUUCUAUGAGACAGAAUGGCCUAUCUCGGUCGGUGUAAGUGUUUUGGUCUUCGUGUUAUUCUUGCCGCCUCAUCAUUCUCCUAGGUGUGAUCGCUAUGUCAAAUUCGCGGGAGCGGCAACGAUGUGCUUGGUCACCAUUGCGGAACGUACGUUCUUGGUCAUCAGGCACGCACUUUACUUAGUCGCAUGCAUCAUAGUGGUUAUGAUCCUCCGAAUGUAUGGUCUCUAUUUGGGGAAUAGAUUCAUUCUCUAUUUCCUGCUCGUCGUGCUCUGCGGCCAGGUCGUAGUAAUGGCAUAUGCAAUCAGCACCGGCAUCCGUGUACCCCUUCCCCCCGGGUUCUCUGGCUGUGUGUUGACCGGAAGGAAUACUUGGUUCGCUGGUCUUUGGGCGGCUCCUUUGGUCACCGAUUCCUGUAUAUUCUUACUUACCCUAUGGAGAACUAUCCGUUUCAAAAAGAAUAAUGUUCAAGCGAGGCUCAUGAGUAUCUUUCUGCGCGAUGGAACACUUUACUUCUUUAUCAUCUUCGGAAUGAAUCUCAUGAACUGUUUGAUUUAUUUCCUUGCGGUUGAAGAUCUCAAGGCAAUGGGUGCAAGUAUAAGCCAGAUUAUGACUGCAAUUCUUAUUGCUCGCCUACAGCUCAAUCUCAAACGCACGGGCCACGCGCAGUCGAGUCGCAUAUCCGCAUCUAGGAUAAGCGGAAACCCAUUCGUACAACUGUCUCCAGCUCAAGCAGUUCACGGAGGGACCGAUACUCGCACCGACUAUGCGUCAUUCUUUACGAUCGGAAACCUGGCCGAGGACGUCAAUGACUCAGAAUUUGCGACUCUCGACAACGCCAGUUUCGAUGGGAUUAAGGGAAUUGAACUUGGAAGGCCUUGA